AUGCAGCAACUUGGAAGUGAGCUCAAGCUCAAACAACUCGCCAUACAAUCGUGGUUGACGAAACUCGAGGGCCUCGCUACAAGUCAGGGCGUGGUCAUGGCAGCCGCGCUACUGUCGCCGGGAGAGUCCGAGUCCGACUACACUUUGCAUCUGGGCGUGAGGACGGGCGCCUCGGCCCCGACCACCGAGGUCAGCGAUGGCGAUGGGUCGUAUGUCACUGGCCGAGCCUUCUUCGAGCUACGCAUGCACUUGCUUGAUAACGCGGAUAGCGUCUUGGUCGGCGGACGGGAUAAGGCCUCUGUCGCCAUCAACAAGCUGUGGAAGGCCGGAGGCGGUCUGACCAUACAGUUCGUCCGGGAUCUGGCUCUUCAGUGGCAUGCUAAGCACACUGCGCUGUUGGAGAAGGAGGUACGAUUGUAUGAGCUUCGUCAGGCGGUGCAUCCCUACGAGCGAAAAGUAGGGUGGCCGUCUGUCCCUUUCCAGUGCUGA